UUUAGAACACCUGAUAACCCUGUUUCUGAAUCAGAGAAAUUGCAAGUAAACAAAGUGUGAAAUAAACUAAAUCUAAUAUCAUGUCGAAGCCAUCAAAAUCGGGUCCACCUAUUGAGGGAAAUGCUCCCGCAUACGAUUAUCGUAAUGCCAACGAUGCCAUGGCCAUGCGAGCACCUCCGCCAACUUACGAGGAGAGCCAGCGGAGUGGCGGAAGCGGUGCCUACGCUUAUCCACAAGGGGGAAUUGCUCCGACCAGCCAGAAUCAGUACUACGGCAUGAUAAGCCACCAGCAGCAGCAGAUUCCCUUCAACACACAGCCCAACUACGGAACUCAUCAUGCCACUGGCUACGGAUUAGCUGGUCCCAGUACUUCAGCAGGAGCCGCUGCCGCACAGGUCCUUCACUUGGACUCGCGCGCCGAAGUGAGAACGAAUGCCACCGGAAACGUUGUUAUUCCGCCUCCGCCGCCGGGCUGCCUGCCCACUCCGGCCCAGUGGGCGGCUAUGCAGGGCCAGCCCGUGGUCCUCAAGCAAAAGAAACGUUCCUUUUUCUAGAUUACACCAGAGACACACCAUUUACUCGAAUAUAAUCAUGUUGGUCCCUUAAAUGUUAUUAAAUAAUAAACGAUGCGAUGUUUCGUUUCGUCCUCGCGUA